AUGUCCGAACAAGUGGCUCAAGCCCCAGGGGCCCGGGGGCUGCCCCAAGAUGUGCUGGCAGAGCAGGUGGAGCUGUGGUGGUCCCAGCAGCCACGGCGCUCGGCGCUCUGCUUCGCCGUGGCCGUGGGCCUUGUGGCGGGCUGCGGGGCGGGCGGCGUGGUGCUGCUGUCCUCCACCAGCAGCCACUCCGGCGAGUGGCGCCUGGCAGUGGGCACCGUGCUCUGCCUGCUGGCCCUGCUGGUGCUGGUAAAGCAGCUGAUGAGCUCGGCCAUACAGGACAUGAACUGCAUUCGCCAGCCCCACCACGUGGCCCUGCUGCGCAGUGGCGGGGGCGCCGACGCCCUCGUGGUGCUGCUCAGCGGCCUCGUACUGCUGGUCACCGGCCUGACCCUGGCUGGGCUGGCCGCCGCCCCUGCGCCUGCCCGGCCGCUGGCUGCCAUGCUGUCUGUGGGCAUUGCCCUGGCUGCCUUGGGCGCGCUCUUGCUGCUGGGCCUGCUGCUGUAUGAGGUGGGCGUGAGUGGAUACUGCCCCCUUGGCAGGGGCACCGCCCCCUCUGCCCACAACGGCCACAGCGGCCACAGCAGCAUCUUCAGCAUCUCAGGACAGCUGUCUGCUGGCCAGCGUCACGAGACCACGUCCAGCAUCGCCAACCUCAUCUGA